GACAGUGUGAGCGCAUACAUCGCCUUCAACCAAGACCAUCGAAGACCAAGAAACUCGAAGCCAUCAGCAUCCAUCCAAUUCUUCAGGACACAGAGAAAGGAGAGAGGAGAAGAAAGCAAGGGACAGAGGAAAUCACGUUCAGGCGAAGAUGACCACCCGGACAUGUCUAGCACAGCUCACGAGGAUACGGCCGAGUAUGACUCUCAACACGAUCAGCACUCCCAGACGCAUGCUAGCCUCGCAGGCCAAACCAGCUUCCUUCGUCGAAUAUGAUUGGGAGGACCCUCUCCGGUUGGAAAAGAGUCUGCUGACGGAAGACGAACUAGCAAUCAAACAGGCUAGCCAUGAGUACUGCCAGGAAAAACUCAUGCCCAGAGUCUUGGAGGCUCAUCGAAAAGAGUCUUUUGACCCUAAUAUCCUUAAGGAGAUGGGAAAGCUUGGCUUCCUAGGUCCUACUAUCUCGGGUUACGGAUGCGCUGGCGUCUCGUCCGUAGCUUAUGGCCUGGUUGCUCGUGAAGUUGAGCGGGUCGAUUCCGGAUACCGUUCGGCGAUGAGCGUGCAAUCAUCCCUAGUCAUGCAUCCGAUCUACGCCUUUGGCUCGGAGGAACAAAAGUCGAAAUUCUUGCCAGAAUUGGCGAGCGGGAACAUGAUUGGAUGUUUCGGGCUGACUGAGCCCGGACAUGGAUCGGACCCUUCAGGCAUGUUGACCCGAGCAACCGAAGACCCAUCGGGCGGUUACAUCCUGUCGGGUAGCAAAACGUGGAUCACUAACGCUCCCAUCGCCGAUGUUUUUGUGGUGUGGGCUAAGUGUGAUUGGGACCAAAAGAUCAGGGGGUUCAUCUUAGAGAAAGGCAUGAAAGGGCUUUCUGCGCCGAAAAUCGAGCACAAGCUUUCGUUGAGGGCCAGUGCGACAGGGUCGAUCUACAUGGACUCGGUGCCGGUUCCGUCGACGAAUGUGUUGCCCAAGGUGACUGGCCUCAAGGGCCCGUUUGCGUGUCUCAACAGCGCCCGGUUUGGGAUUUCGUUUGGGGUGAUGGGCGCCUUGGAGGAGUGCGUGAAGCGCUCUAGGGAGUACUCCUUGGAGCGCAUCCAGUUCAACAAGCCCUUGGCGGCCUUCCAGCUCAUCCAAAAAAAGCUCGUCGAUGCUAACACCGAGGCGGUCAUCGGCUUGUGUGCGGCGAUUCAACUAGGACGGAUGAAGGACGCUGGAACUUGGUGUCCCGAGAUGGUCAGCCUCCUCAAGCGCAACAACUGCGGUAAAGCGCUCCAUCAUGCCCGGAUCCUCAUGGACAUCUUCGGUGGGAAUGCGGUCUCGGAUGAAUAUCACAUCGGUCGGAUCGCCGCCAACUUGCAUGUCGCCAACACCUACGAGGGCACACAUGACAUCCACACGCUCAUCUUGGCUAAAGCCAUCACCGGAAUUCAAGCUUUCUCGUAAUCUGUGUCCCUUGGAUCUUGUAUACCACUUUUUUUAAAAAAAAUCUAUCGUACGAUUUUGUAUAGAUAAUUGUAUAACACAUCUCACAGAAUUUAACAUUUUUGUUUUGGGUGGCUAUUUCUCUUUCGCAAAUCACCUGUUUUUUUUUUUGCAAGUAAAACGUCCUGGGCAGCAGUUUUAGUUUUAGUAUGCAUAGGUAAAUGAAGUGGAAUGAGG